AUCUUGACUCGUACCUUGGUACGAGAAGACGGUUCUGGUCUCGAACGAAGUAACUGCUAACUCGAUUUUGGCCAAUAUUCUCAUAGAUUAUAUCAGGUAAGGAUUCGCUAUGCGCCCUAUAAAAAAGUCUAAGAACAUCUAACUUAUAAUAAAAAGAAAAGGUGGGCCAGUGAACUGAGCACGCCCUCCGAAUGCACAUCCUUAGGUAAAUUGUAAAUUAAACGUGCCGCUCUUCAGUGAAACUUGUUCGCACUGGGGCGAAGACUGGCAGAAACUCAUCCAAAAUGUGACAAUCCACUUUCAAUAUCGGCGCCGAGCAGCUUCACUCCGACACAGAAAUUGCUACCGCACCCACUUUGCAGCAAACGCUCCACCUAGGGAUAGACAUGGAGGCCUGUUCACACCCCAUAGGAAGUUAGCUCAGGGUCUGAGCUUGACGAUGAGGCCAACCAAGACGGCAAGUCUCGUAUGGAAAAUAUCUCCGCUGGGGAUAUUCUGGGCCUUUGUGAGGAACGUUUUCGGCUACAUGUACAUUAUAUGCGAUCAAAGGACUGUGAUGGUUCGCGAUUUAUUCCGUGGAGCGUUCAUUGGCGGAAAUAAUUUUGUUUUCAAUCCAGAAGCUAAUUCCUUGUUGUUUCGUGAAUUCUUGCCUUGACUAAAGCAACAUCAUUGUAUGAUGCCUCGGAAAUUAAGGAAAUCAAAUAAUUCAUUAAUGUUUAUUACUGAUCAUGACGAAAAUAGUCUCAAUCAGCAACAACAAUAAGCUUUAUUUUCAUUACUAUAACAAAGUAUUACAGUAUUGCAAAAGCUACCUGAAUUUAAUUAUUGAUUCCUUUUUAAAUUAAAUGCUUAAAAUAACUUUAAAUAUAAUAAUCAUUGCUUAUUUUCACCCACCAGUAGGAUCAAUUAUUCCGAUCAUUUGCCGAUAAGACUGAGUGUCAAAACAGCCAUUGCAAAGCUAUCUUUUGAGAAGAACAUUACUUUACCAAAGAACAAUAACCAGCCAAAAAAACAUACAUGGGCUGGGAUAGUGACUUCCACUCGGUAAUAGCAGGGGCACCCAGCGACUGUUUUCUGUAUAAUAUCUGUUCGGAAAAGCAAACAUUGCCUGACAUUUUCUAUUAUUUGAGAACGGCUACAAAUUUCUAGGUGACUGUUUCAUUCAUUCGAAGCCUACCUAAUAAAUUCUCUACGAUUUUUUGAAGUUCAAUUUUUCACAUUUGACUCUCCAGGUUUCUCUAUUUUUCGUAGUAAAAAGAAAACGUACAAUUUUCGGAUUCAAAAAUGUGAUGGAGAGAGGAAUUGGAAAAAUUCUCACUUUCGCAAAGCGUUAAAUUGCAACUAAAAUUUUCGGGAAAGUAAUACUUAAGCCCUAAUAAUUUCGAAAAGACACAAGUUGCCCUUGGACGACCGAACAGAUACAAAUUUUAUAGCACCACUGAAAAUGCAUUUCUAGAGAUGUAAAAGUACUCUGGAUAGCCUAAAAAAUGUUUCCGAUGUAUUUAGGAGGAAACAGUCCUUGGGUGCCCCUGUAGUAGGUUUGUCAAGAGUUCCUGUGGAGGUUUGAGUUAGUUAACCCUUUAAGCCCCAGUAUCCACAUACAAAUUCUCGAAACUGAUCUCCAUACAUUUCCUUAAAGAAUGAGUUUGGAGAAUUUGAUAAAAGAUCAAGACAUUUAAUUUUUACUUGGGUGAUCAUUUUAUUAAUUCUCAUAACUUAUCUGUUGACAAUGUAUGGACAUUGUUAGGAGAAAAUUGAUCUUGGUCACUAUUGGGACUAAAAGGGUUAAUGAAUGUUUGGAUCAAUUUAAGUUUCUGGGAAACUGCCCACCUACCCCUUCCCUAAGCUAACAUUAGCACUUAGUUUUCGCUUAGGGCAAAAUGAUGGCUUAGGGGAGGGGUAGGUGGGCAGUUUCCCAGAAACCGAAAUUUCGAAUGUUUGAUGAAAUAAAGAAUUUCCCUUUUUAUCCUUUCCUUUUUUACGCGAUAGAUGUGUCACCCACAGGGAACCUAGACUGUGAAAUAAGUGCACAGAAAUGUCAACCUCCUUUGGAGCCAAAAACCCGUACAGCAACGCCGAAAGACUCUAAAGUGACUUUCAACUGCACGAUUAAGAAUGGGAGAAAAGUACAAGACAUGACCUGGCAGUACCUUGAAAAACACCUCAAUGCCAGUGACGCCGGUCUGUUCUUACAACAAAUCGAUUCAAAGAAUAGAAGUCAGCCACUUGAAUGUUUUUCUAUAAAAUACGCCAGUGAGUAUGUUCUUCAGUUUUUUGUGUGCGUCUUAUUUUUGAAAUGGAUUAUAACGAAUCCUAUGAAUGCCUCGUAACAGGUUUAGGCAUAUUCAAGGCAAUUUUUACGGUUGGAUUGAUCGUCAAAACGGUUGAAGUUAUAGCCAGCUAAAUUACCUCACUUGAACAUGGUACACCGCUGAACUCUAGUUGCUCAUGCCAUGCUGGAGGGCAAGCAAAGCAAAGAGACAUGACAAACAACAAACAAAGAAAUCAUUUCAAAUGAUGUUAGCUUUUUGUUUGGCUUGACUCAGUGCGUAGGGCCUCGCUCUCCAGCAUGGCAGGUUUGUACCUUUGUUUAUGACUUACUGCAAAGGGUCUAUUCAACAUGAACAAGGCAUGGCAUGGAGUAAAACAUGGUUGAUUGGAAGGUGUCGGUAAGAGAGAUGACUGUAGUUAUCUUAAAAAUAGUGAGCUAAGCAAUGACGACGACGACGACGACGACGACGGCAGUGAAAAUGUCGCUAAAAAAUUAAAUUUGCCUCUUUUCAAAUGUUAUCGCGUCUAUUUGGAGCUGCUAAAUUUGUCAAAUGUAGGCGAUUUCUCUUGGAGUUGAAUUCCUAAGGACUUUAUUCAGGAUCAGAAAAAAAAAAGAAGAAUUUGUCGUCGUAUGUUCACUUUCUCUAUAAAACGUCGUUUUCCUUGAUUAGGAGGUUUCACUUCAUAGUCGUACAGUCAACGUCAAAGAAAUGUACUAAGAAGCUUGACGCACGUGCAGCAACUGAUGUUUUCAUGUUAAAACCAAUUGUUUUUAGACGUGGUGGAGGGUCAGAUUUUCACUUUUCAGAUUUUGAUAUUUUUUGCACUAAUUCAAGAGGUCUAUAAAAAUUACAAAUAUAUUACAAAAACAAGAAGAAGAAAACCAGCAAAUUUUAUAAAUCCUGAUCAAAAGUGAAAUGUGCGCAGUGGCCAAAGGAGCUUAGGCUUUCGAGUUAGUCACUUAAAGCUCCCUAGCUUAAAUGACAUGGGUGCAUGACUUACGAGCUUUGAAAUUAAGACGAAGAAUUCCUUCUCAGUUCCAGUUAAGAGAGUAUCUAAGACAAGUUCUCCCGUUGACUUAUAUCCUGACGGGAAAGUAGAGGGCGGAAAGGAACUGAAGUGUACCUUCAAGGGAUGGCCUCGUCCUCGUGUAGUUUGGUACAAUCCAGAUAAAAAACAAAUCAUCAACGGAUCUGAAGGUUUUCACAUCUCAGAGCAGCUGGUUGGAGAGGAUACCUUAACUUCCCUUCUCCGUAAUCCUAAUAUCCAAGAAAAACAAGCAGGGGCUUAUAAAUGCACUGGAAUGAACAACAUUACCGGCUGGUCUAGUAAAAAAUCAGGGUAUAUUGACCUGAAUUAUCGCUGUGAGUCAUUUAAUUUCUUAUUUUAAUACUACACACGGAUGCGCAAAACUACCUCCCUUGAAGCAGGUUCUUAAAAACAUAAUAUCAUGUUUCCUCUGUAAGCAAUGGAAAGUAUCCCAUUUAGACCAAGAGAGACAGCUCAUCCUCUCUUGAUUUAGACGGAAUUAAAUAUUGUGUGUUUCAUAUUUAAAAUAACAGAUUAACUUAUUCCUAACUAACUUUAAAAAAAUGUACUGACAAUUUCGUGCCACCUUCCUCUUCUAUUCAGACUAAAUGGACGCUGGAAUUUUUAUUUGUUUACCCCUCGGGUCCCAAGGGAUAAUUAAAUAAGUAAAUUACGAUUUAGUGGCGCUAUCUCAUCCACAAAGUGGUUCUAUGUCUACCAUUCUGGCUCAAAAUUACCCUGCGCAGCUGGCGGGAUUAACGUGGGAGUGAUGUGUUGUUUUGGUGGCAAUGGCGGAAUAAGGGUGAGAAGCAACAAAACUCAACCCGGACGGCCACAUAUGAUGUUGCCUGAGGAAUCAAGCACAGGACAGUCAUAAAUGAGAGGGGAGUGUUCUCACCUGAAAUUCAGUAGAACCUCUAUAUAAAGAAGUCGUCGGUAUAAUUCACAAUUAUUCCACUUAUUCCACAAGUGUGCGUUAGAUAUGAAUUAGUAGAUAGCAAACGAGACGCGUAGCACCGAGUUGGCUAUAAUCAUCUAAUAUACAACAAGCGCGAGUGGAAUAAUUAUUCCGUUAAAAACGCCCACAAAAUAUCGAGAAUUCUUCCCGACUUUAUUUGUAAACCAACCGACUUUCAUCUUGUUUUUAAUUUUAAACAGACGCGUACAGUUACCAUAUUUGAAGAGCAUGGUAUAACGGUUCAUAUACCAUGAUGGCUAAGCCAAUCAGAGCACUAGAAUUGCAUUAUCCAAUGAUUCAAUUUUUAAUAAUAAGCGAUACUCUCCGCCCCAGAAAUAAUACAGUCAAACCUCGUAAAUCCCGACACUGAAGGGGCCGUAGUAAGAAAGUGUCUGUAUUAACGGGGUGACCUUAUUAAGCGGGUAGAAAAUGAAAGGGCUUUCUGUCCCCAGGGACAAAGCAAACUGUCCGUAACAAUGAGAUGUCUGCAUUGAGCGGGUUUCCAGACUGGAGCGGGGUUUGACUGUACAAUAAAUAAAAGGAACCUCGAUAUAACAGAACCUCUUUAUGGCGAGCAUAUUUUGCCAGUCCUUUUGGUCUUCGUUCAGCUGUUCGUUAUAUCGAGAUUCCAAUGUAAAGUGUUAUGUGAUUGUUAAAAAGAGAAAAGGAGACGCCGAAUAGCUAUUGAAAUCAACACUUAGGAGCAGAGGCCAUAUUGGUGGGAGGUAAGAGAAGUGGGGUUCAUCCGAUCAACCGACCGUUAGAACGUCUCUAAAGACGGCGUGACGAGACAAGAGGGAAAAAGAGGGAACCAAUGGGAUAAACAAAAUCAACACGUAACAACUCCAAAGCGUUGUGAUGGCCCAUAUAUUGUCACAAAUUAAUACUCAGGAGGGGAGGGUAAGAGUAAAAAUGUUACCCUUUACGGUUGCACAAAAAUGUUAACGAUUUUCAAAUAAUAUUUGCUUAUUAUGUCUUCUUAUCAUCUAAUACAGGUCUCUUUCCUGGAGCUCCGUAUAUUUCUUCUCCCCACGUUUCGGUGACAGCCUACUCCAAUGUCACUUUACAGUGCGAAGUAGGUGUUCGGCCAAGCGACUGUCAUGACAAUUCUUUACAGUGGUAUUUUAACAACAACUCAGUGAAAUUAGAAUCUGGUCAAAAGUAUGAUAUACAAGAAAGGACAACCAACACCAGGUGCAAAAAAGAUUUCAUUCUCACCAUUGAUAACGUUACUGAAGCAGACGAAGGAGGGUAUAAAUGUCAGUGGCUCUGCGACAAGUACUACCCCAGCCUAUCCAAGUCUUCAAUUAUCCAGUUGAAAGUAUAUCCUCCUUCAGUAGCAGGUACUGAAACUCCUGUGAUAUCUAAAGGUCUUGUGUCACGAAAUUUAUCAAAAUUCAAAAAGUGA